CACGGUCACACCUGAACCAUGAAACCUGUCACAGUGGCCUUUUACGGGUUUGCUCUGGGUCUGUUAGCCGUUGGCCUGCGAGAGUUGCUGACUGGCUUCGAGGAGAACAGAUGCAGUAUGACCUAUAUGUUUGAAUAUCCAGAGUACAGGCGUGUGGCUCUGCCUCGACGUGUGGCCAGAUUGUACCCGGCGUAUGGACUCUACCUGUACGGAGAAGGAGUGUACGCCCAGGAGACCAGAGCACUCAAACUCACCGGGGCGCCUGUGCUCUUUCUGCCUGGAAAUGCAGGCAGUCACAAACAAGCUCGCUCUUUGGGCUCUGUGGCCUUGAGGAAGGCUGAAAACAUGGAGGGAGGACUCCACUUCAACGUGUUCACCGUGGACUUCAACGAGGAGCUGGUAGCGCUUUACGGUGGCAGUUUGCUCAGGCAGACUCACUUCCUGCACGAGAGCAUUAAGGCCAUCCUGAAGCUGUACAAGCACUUGAAGACCCCCCCUCAGAGCGUGGUACUGGUUGGUCACUCCAUGGGAGGAGUGGUGGCUCGGGCGCUGUUCACUUUGCCCCGCUUUAACACCAAUCUAGUCACCCUCAUCAUCACACAGGCCUCCCCUCACCUGGCACCAGUUUUAGCCCUGGACCCCUACCUGCUGGAUUUCUACUCUGCAGUGAGGCAGAAGUGGGUAAACCAGGCAAAAAAGCUCAGGAAUGUCACGGUUCUGUCCGUUGGGGGUGGUUACCGUGACUAUCAGGUUCGCUCUGGUUUGAUUUCUCUACCUUGUCCCCCUGGAGACCCAAAUAAGAUGUCACUGGUGGCGACUGCAGUCCCCAGGACAUGGGUGUCCACUGAUCAUCUGUCUAUUGUUUGGUGCAAAGAGCUCGUUCUUGCUACUGUCAGGGCGUUCUUUGACCUCCUUGAUCCUGAAACCCGACAGUUCACAGACAACCCUGAGAAGAAAAUGGCCAUCCUGAACCAUCACUUCAUCAGACACCCUGUGAGGAUGGUGGGAGAAACCCAGGACAACUCCAUCUCCAUCUUAGAUUUUCCUGAAGCGUGGAGUGAAGUUAACACACUGCGUCUGGCUUACAGCACACCAAAGGAGGGACAGGUCAAAUAUUUUCUGUUUGCACUGUCGAGUCGGAGGAAAGCCUACAGCCACUUCUACUGCCGGAGCAGCAACCUGGAGAUGACGAGCUGGGUCUAUGGUUGUGUGCAUAAGAACGGUUCUUCUUGUGUGCAUGCAGUCGAUCUCUCCAUGGCCACUGAGCUUCUUCCUCCAUACAAGGUCCUGAUUCUGAGUCUCAGUGACUUGUCCUCAGUUACUCACCUGGUUGUUUCAGCCUCCAACCUCAACGGCAGACAGUACACAGUGGAGUGUGAGUGGCAGAGACAAGAAUCUCUAACUCUGUCUGUGGCGGUGCCACAUGUCCUGUCCUUUGGUUUGACUGUGAGUGAUGUUACAGUCAACUCGUCUGGACUUCUCCACACCAUCAGACUGCAACAUUUUCACCAGGUCUAUCAGGCUUUCAGAAUCAAUGUGGCAAGCCAGUGCAAAGUACACAAGGACAGACUGCCCAAUGUGUACAGAAUGAAUGUACCUUGGUUCCGAGAGGACUCUUUAACCACGGUCAGUGUGCCGUCAGUGACUGAGAUCUUAGGGAUGCUUCACACAAGUCGACCAGACAACACCUCUGGUGUCCUCCUGCAGCUCCACACUGCCCCCAACUGCCAGUACAAGGUGUCAAUAAGAACUUCAUUACCCAGAGUCCUGGGACAGAUUCUGAGGUUCUGUGGUCCCAUGGUGCCGGUGUACACAGCUGUAACGCUCCUCCUGGCCUGUGGGGGGCAGCUGUCCUCCAUUCUUAAGUCAAGGCGAGCUGCAGACAUGAGUCAGGUGGUGGGAAAGGGUCUUCAGCCUCAUAAAGUCAGCCUGCCUGUUUAUGUUCUGCAUGUGUUACUCAGUUGCAGCUGGUUCCAAGAAAGCUGGUCAAUGCUCCUCCUCCCUCUCAUGGACUCCCUCCCUCCAACCACCCCUGAUGUAACAUUUCAAGAAGUUGAUGUCCCAGCUGAAGAGUGGCCCCAUCUCCUGUCCCCUCUGCUGUACAUCUUUGCGGCAGCUGUGGCAUACUGGGGUAGCACACUGCUCCGUCUCCUUAUACGACUGGUCUCCCUCUUUUUAGCCCCACUGCACAGACCAUCAGUCUCCAGAGACUGUGGCACCCUUAGACUGCGGACCCAGCUCUUCAUCACUCUGUGUCUGGCUGUUUUGGGUUGGACAUCCUGCGGGGCUUUAUCAAUCUGUUUUGCUUUUCUGUUCCACCUCUACAGGGUUUUGAGACUGCAGAUGACAGAAAGAUCUUUGAGUCACAUGUUGAAUCUGGCUCCCAGGAAACACAAAGAUGCUGAGAAUGGCACAGUCGAUGCUGAAUCGUUGAGCAAACCUAAAGAAUGUAACGGCACCCCCCUGCUCUCAGAGUGUGUUCUGCAGGAGGUGAGGGAUGACUUACAGCUCCACCUCUGCCUGUCGGCGCUCCUCACACUGCCCAUCAUGCUCAUCGCACCCUCACUCAUCCACUGGAUCCGCAACCUGAGUUAUUCCCACCUGUUGGAUCCUGACCCUUGCUGGCCACACCUUGUGCCUCUUAUUCUAGUGUACAUGCUGCUUAUUAACUGCAACACUUUAAAACUCAGCAACAGUAAACUCCUGCCUCUGACAUCCUGCCUCCCUCUCCCCUUGGCCAUCACCAUGAUAACCUUCUCCCCGCUCCACCUGUACAGAGUCACCUACUUCCUGUUGGCGGCCCUAGUCCCUCUGGCCUUUUGUAGUCUGCUCUGACGGUAUCUGACAGGUUUCAGUCCACAUCUCCACCAUAACAAGCCUUUUUUGAACUCACUAAAGCUGACCGGGGCAGAUUUGUCCCAUAAAGACUCGCUCCAUCUAGCUGCAAUGGAGCAGAGCCAUAGACAUACAUAGCUUGGGGAACUGUCUGCUCAAUGUUAGUGCUAAAAGCUCCAUGGUGAUUACACUAUGUUUUAAAAUAGGAGUCUGUAAUAGCCCUGGAACCUUUGGUGCAAAUAUGGCUGCGAAGGAUUGACCUGAAACCAAGUUUGCCUUACUCUGUAUAUCUAUAGCUCUGCCUUCAUGGAGCAACAACUCCACAACCAGUGAAGCUACUGAUACUAGAGGUAUACAACAGGGUGUUAGUGUUUUAAAGUGUUAUUUUUAUUUUUAUUUCUUAGUGCUUACAGUGACACAUUCACUGUGUCACUGCGCUGUAAACUCCUACACUGCCUACUGCUUAGCUAAGACGUAAAGCUGUGUUUCUCUGCUUUAUACUGCCGCAGCAAUGCCACAAAACAGUGGUAGUGUAUACAUCAUUCCACAAGGAAAAUCCAAAGUUAUCAUGUUUACAUUUUACUUUAUCCACUCUUUGAUUUACAACAGUGACAAUGGCAGCAAAAUGAAAAUACUGUACGUUUGUAGGUCUUAUCUUUUGCGUUGCUAAGAAGAGAAAAGUUCCGAUCUCCUUGUUGCAAAAACUAAAGUCUAAACAAGUGUUUUUGUCUAAUUCCCAUUUAGUAGAUCUCAUUAACAUCUUAUUACAGCUUAUCACAGGAUAUAAAAGGCAAAUUUCACUCAAGUGUCUUGAAAUUGUUCAUUUUAUUUCAAUACAUUCGAGUGAAAAUUUCUUAUUAGACAGUUUUCUGGACAGCAGUCCAACAGCUGUGAUGCUAGGCUAUGUAUUCUACAAACAAUGCUGAGAAUAUUAUUAACUAUGGAGUAGGAAAGAGCUCGAGCUAUGCUGGGGAAAAAAUGUGUAAAGACCACAUUUCUGCAUGACCCCAAUCCUUUUUUCUGUAUGAAGCCUGAUUUAUACCUGCACCUCCUUGAAAAUGUUAAUAUGGAAGAACAGGGUUGGUUGUCACACUUUUCAAAACAUCUGUUAAGUCAUCCCUACAUUAAAUUGAAGCUUAAGGUGUUGGCUUGAAAUGUGUAUCCCUCUCAUUUUCCAACUUAUUUAAACAAAUUAAUGAUAAAAGACACUCUGACGCAUUGUGACAACCAACCCCAUCACAUAGUGGUUGUCACACUAUGGGGUUGUUUGUCACAAUGUUAUAUUAAUGGGAAAAACGGGAGAUAUAAUGAGUGUGACCACCAAACUGUGUGACAACCAACCCUGUUUUCCUUCCGUUCAUGCUGAAGUGACACAGAUUGCAAGCCUUCAGAUUGUUCUCAUGGGUAGCUAGUCAGAGUAAUAUCUACAGGAGUAUUGUGUGCACUUGUUCUAAAUAAAAAACAAGACCUUAACUGCAAAGGUCUGUAGGUCCAGCCUAAAACUCCACUAAUGUGUUAGGAUACAUGGCCAAAAUUUACAGUCGAUAUAUGCUAUUGUUCACUGCAAAAAUAUUAGACGUAAAUAUCGGUAGAAAUUUUGAUAGCUGCCGAUACUGAUAUUUGCUUUUUAAGCCAAUAUCUGCCCAUACCCAAAACAGGCCAAUAAUAUUGUGCAUCCCUAAUAAUAACCAAUAAAUCUAACAGACCAACAUACUUGUUGGGCCCCCAUAAUGGAUCACUGAGAACUAUGGUUCUCAUUUGGUCUAUCAGCAGAUAGAUUUAGACAAAUUUAGAACCACUUGGUUAAAGCAUGCGGGUUAUGGUCUAAAAUGACAGUGCCAUAUUUACUUUGCAUGAAAUAAAUGAGCCAAGAAAACAGAGAGAAAGCAGAGGGAUAUGUUUAUGCUAUGGAUGUUUGAAAGCCUUGAUUCCCCAUUCAAUGUCACUUAACUCAGCGUCCCCUUUUUGCCCUUUUAUUCAGUGAAUUCUGCAUUAUUUACAUUUUUCACCAUUCAAGAAAGAAUCUAAUCGCCGUCUAUGGAACUUAAACCUUUCUAUGAAGGUAUUUUAGAUUCAAGUUUCAUAGUGAAUUAUCUGGCAGCUCAGUUAUCUUUUGCCUUCUUUUUUCCUGCCGAGUUUUUUUAGAGAAAUAUCUUUGCUGCAGUCUUUUUCAUUUAUUGUCUUUAGCUCAAUUUUGGGUUAAGAAAAAAAACAGCUGAUAAGUAGAUAAAACAGAAGGAACAUCUUGGUAGUACUGAAGGAACUCAUGUGUUGAAAUCCACACUAAUUGCACUAAACUUCUGUCUUUAUUCUGGAUAUACAUCAGUGAAAUUCACUGAUCAGUGAAUUUCUUUUCUGGGUUUAAUCAAAAUUACAAAACAGAAGUCUAAUCAACACAAUUAGAGAAUCAAACUUUAGUAAAUUAUCUAGAUGAUUACUUUAAAGACACAAGUGUUGUGUUAAAUGUCCAAAGCUUCCUCCAGUCUGUCUAAAUGUGCAAAGCUGGCAGCAAUGCACUGGUGUUGACUGGUUAACCAAAAGUGAAUGAUGUGAUUGUGAGAUAAAUAAGCCUAAGAAACAUGUUGCCAUCUGAGAAUCAUGGUAGUUAAAGGAAUAUUUAUAACGUUUUUCUUAUGAUGUACUGCAAAUUACAUGAUACUGGUCCAUGAGGUUCAUAAAGACCAGAAUCCCUAAUGGUUUGGAGUAUUUAGAUAUGGUUUAGGCUACAGCUGAUUCUGUAUGUUCUUCUGUUGAAGCUUGCAGCUUGUAAAGUUUAAAAAGCUGAUUACUUCCUUUAAGCCCCAGAUUUAUGUUUAGUGAAGGAUUAUGGGAUGUCUGUUCAGUAUUAUGGCUGUUUCAUAUUUAUAGUUUGAUUGGAGAUUUAAACAACUUCAAGCUUAUGGUAGAACAUUUUACAUUUAUUUGCAAUUGGAAUAUAUUUUGCUCGGCACUGCUGCAGUCUCUGGUAAAUGCAAGAAUUAUUUUGUUCUUAUUUGCCAGUAAGUGGAGGAAAGUAUAGUACGGCUAUUUAGCAUGAACCAAAAUUCACACAUAUGGUAGGUUUGGAAUCAGAAUUGUGAAUGAAAAAAUGCAUUGAAACAUCUCUAAUCUGCAUAGCAUAUUGGCCAAAAUCAUCUCGGCUGUGCAGUGGCUACCUACAUAUCACUACACUUCAGGCUUUAAUGAUAGGUGUUUAAGGAAGAUAUACAGAUUUGAGGAAGAAGGAAGAAUGUUUGAGGUUAUGAAGCUUUCAGACAGAGAAAUCUAAUGCCAGUUUUGCUUCAAACCAUCUUGACAACUGUCAUAUAGAACAGUUUAACUUUGUUGCAGUGUGUUAAGAAUGGAGUGUGUUGGAAUGACAUGUAGGCCAAGGAUUUUUGUUAUAGUUCUCGUUGCUGAUGAUUUUUUACUGUUUUUUACAUAAACAGAAGGUGCUGGAUGAAGAUCUGAGACUUAAUUUACUAUUUCAGCUUCUCAGGACCAUAACAACUUAGAUCAAUGGUUAACAACCUUUUUUUACAUGGAGCCCUCCCUUCUGUUUAGAAACGGCUGAGCCCCCAUUUUAAAAUGUGACAUUGUGCUGUUAAAAAUCGGCUUUGAUUUUACCUUAUAAUCAAAUUUAUCCUAUGAAUAUAAGUCCACACACAUUUUUUCUCACCAAAAGGCCUUGUAUAAAUUAUCGAAUAAGUGUUUUAACAGGAUUUUAAUUAAUAUGUGCAAAUUUUUACACCUUCAGAGCAGAUCAAUACUUGUCCUCUGGCACCCUCCCUGCUGUCAUAUCACACUGAUUUUGUCCAUUUUGCCGUGUGUGGUAAACAGAGUGCGUCCUCCCUUCCUUUAAAGCCUUGGUUUUUAACUGGAAGGUUGGGACCCAAAAAGUGUCACGGAUGUGUGCUUGGAAAAAAUUAUACGGCAAAAACUCCGUGGCAUGCAUUUAUUUUGAAGGAAAGUCUUAAAGUUAUUUUUCUUUGGUCACAUAUUUUGUUUUAAGCUAACACAUCUGAUAGACAGUUUCAAAUAUCCAUUGCAUGGAUAUAAUUCACAUUCAUCUCGGAAAGCUCCCAUAGAAAGCAUUUGGGAAGGGCAGGACUUUUAAAAAAAUUCUCUGAAGGUGAUUGGAGGAACAUUCUGUCUUUCACAUUCAUGACGGGCCAAUCAGAGCAACAGGACCAAAUGGCAUUGUACACAUGUGCUUCUCCUGAGCUCACAGGCUACCACACUCAUAGACUGUUAAUGGCAGAACUUCUCAGUGAAUAAGGCCUUGUCCACUCAUAGACGAAAACAAUAUAUUUCCAUUUCGUUUUGAAAAAGUUUUC